GAGGAGUUACUGUUAAAGGUGUCAAACAGCUACAAUAAUUGUGGUUAGAUUUUACAUUUUCUAUAGAAAAAAAAUGAUGAUUGUUAACACUUGUUAAAAAAUGCAAUGCAGUAUUUCUCUGCCUACCCAAAGAAUUUUGGACUACAAUAAGCCAUUGGAAUUUGUGCAGCAGAAUGUCACUGUGGCUUUCCAGAGCUGACAGUGUGACAUCAGCUGUGUCCUGAAUCGCAGCGCUGGGUCGGUCGUCACCCAUGAUUGGCAGAGACUCCUGAGCACGUCGCUGUGCUGUGUGCAUGACCAAGCUUUGAAAAACCUCUGACGAUCUCUGGGUCUGUGUAGGCGGGGAGGUCCCCAAGUGGGAACCACAUUUUCAGUCCUGGGAGAUCAACGUUCUUUUUGAUCCUGCUGGUCAGUGCCAUGCUCUCAGUUGGUAAAGUUGUCCAAAGUCUGGAUUGAAGGCCACCUGUGAGGGUGGCCUGGGUUCCUCUUGGAUUAUGUCACAGGGGUCAGGGCCACUUCUCUGUUUGAUACCGUAGCCCCCUGGCUCACCAGCUUGUCACAAGAAAGCCCAUCAAAUGUUUGAGAACUGAAAACCAACCACCCAAAGACUCAUACAACACAAAACACUGUCACCGGCCCCUAGAUAACCACCAGAAACCGCUUUGUGGGGCUUUACUCUGCUGUGUCCUGGCUCAGACAACACUGGCCUCAGGACCUCACUGCAUGUGGGCCUGGGCCACCUCCAGUCCUUUUGAACUCAAAUCCCUUAGCAGCUUUGGCUGCUGCCCUGUGAAAAGGGGUAGGGGGCCAGCGAAGCCUAGAGAGGGGAGGGGACCUGUCUCAGGUCACACAGGAACUAGACCUUUAGCCUCCUUCCAUCCAGGACACUGGCCUCUGCAGGGCUGUGGCUCACCCCUCCUCAUUGUGACCAGAGACCCCACUGCCCGCCCUGGGCCUGGGCCUGGCUCUGGCUCUGCCCCUGACCUGAACACUGCAGUGCUGGGCUGGGCAUGAGCAGCACAGUGGGUAGGCAGGGGUGCUGGUGAUGGUGCUGCUCUGUCCUCUGGCCCUGCCUCCCGGCAGUGUCAGGGUUACAGCUGGGGCCCCUCCCAGUCUCCAGAGCCACUGUCCCUUAGCAACAAUCCUGCCAACACUGGGCAGAACAGGCAGGAGCCAGCAGAGUGGCCAUCGGGAGAGCUCCGGGACAGACAAGGGCAGGUGGUGAGUAGGGGCGCCCAGUGUGGCUGGCUGGCCGAGCAGGCAACCCGCUCGACCGCUCUCUCACCCAGCUGCCCAGAGAGCCUGGCCCUAGCAUGGACACGGUGGACGCCACUAUGGAGAAACUCCGGGAACAGUGCCUGUCCCGAGGGGCCUCUGGCAUCCAGGGCCUGGCCAGGUUUUUCCGCCGCCUGGACCAGGACAAGAGCCGAUCCCUGGAUGCGGGGGAGCUCCAGCAGGGCCUGGCUGAGCUGGGGCUGGUGCUGGACAUGGCUGAGGCAGAGGGCGUGUGCAGGCGCUGGGACCGUGAUGGCAGUGGAACGCUGGACCUGGAGGAGUUCCUGAGGGCGCUGCGGCCCCCCAUGUCCCAGGCCCGGGAAGCAGUCAUUGCAGCUGCAUUUGCCAAGCUAGACCGCAGUGGAGAUGGCGUGGUGACUGUGGAUGACCUCCGGGGGGUGUACAGCUGCCGUGCCCACCCCAAGGUGCGGAGUGGGGAGUGGACUGAGGAGGAGGUACUCCGCCGCUUCCUGGACAACUUCGACUCCUCCUCUGAGAAGGACGGGCAGGUCACCCUGGCCGAAUUCCAGGACUACUACAGUGGUGUGAGCGCCUCCAUGGACACGGAUGAGGAGUUUGUGGCGAUGAUGACCAGUGCCUGGCGACUGUGAGCGGUGCCUUCACUCAGCCAGCCGGCCCAGUGGCAUACAACCCCCACCACGGCACCCAAGUGUCCAGCUGGGCAGCCCCAGGGGUGGGGGCUGGGAGGAUUGAGGCCACAGAACUGGUUGGUCCAAGUCUCAGAGGCCCUUGCUUGGUCAUGAGGUCCAGGCAAAACAAAGGCCCCUAGGCUUCAUGAGGCUACUUCGGAUGCCCUCCCCCCUCAAGCCCUGUCCUGCUUAGUGAAUCCUUGGCCUGUUAGCACCCCACUGUGCCCCUCCCUUGUGGCCCCUGGGAAGCCGGGAGGACCCUUGCAGGGUGUGUGAGAAUGUAGUGGGGGUGGGCAAGAAAACAGGCUCUGCACUGAAGUGGCAGGGCUUGGAAGGCAGCUGAGUUGGGUGGCCUGUCCAGGCCUGGAGUGUGGGGUAGGCCCAGGGCAGCAGGCAGGCCAGGCUGCUCGAGGAGCCUUGCCUGGGAGGCAGAGGCCAUUCCUGGCCAGGCCCUCGGGCUUCCUGAUGCCCCUGGGGCACACAGGAGGCCAGGGUGUUUAGUUAAAAGAUUUAAUGUAGUUCCCAAAUACAUUUCAUAUGACAAUCUUACAUAAAUGUUCCAAAACACA